UGUCCUAGGAAGGAAGGUUCCCAUGGGUGUUCUUGUCCAUCCGCCAAAGGGCAAUCUGGGGAUUUAACCGUCGUCUCCACCGCCCCCAAUCUUUCCCGCCAAAACGUCCCGCCCGGUCGGACAGGAAGCUGCUCCUGAACCCCCCGCUAUGCCACCCUUUACCUUACCUUAGGGCUUAUCGGGACUCACUCUCUCCCACUCCCAAAACCCUAGCAACUGGUCGGUCGCUGCAGUACGGUACGAACAUGGAAGACAUGGACAUCCCCCUCCCUGACGAGCUCGAGUGGCUGGAAUCCCAACGCUACCGUGAAGAAGAUGACGACUACGACAUCGAUCCCUUCCCUCUCCCUCUCCCUCCUGAUGAUGAAAAAGACGAAGUUAAAUCAGAACGCGAAGAAGCUGCUGCUCAAUCCCCCCCGCCGUCCAUUGAACCCCAAAUCAACGUCCACAAGCGCUCCCUGGUCCAGGAUGAGACCGCAGGGCCGUCAAAUGAGAAGCGAAGCAGAACCACGCCUGACCCCGAGGAUGACGACGACGAAGAAGACUGGCUCCGAUACUCUCCGCCACGGAAGAACGAGCGCAUGGACCACCGAGAUCAGGCAGCUUCCGAGCCGGAAGAGAUUGUGGUGUCCCGGUAUGUGUCUCGGAUCGAUGGGGAGUGCGUCCCUGUGACGGCUCCAACUGGGGAUAGGGUUUAUGCGAAGCUGUGUCGGGCUGAUUCCAAAUCUCGGGACCACAAAUUGCGCGCAACUAUCCGAUCUGGGGGUCUCAUUUCCGAACCCGUCAAUAUUAUUUUGCAAAGAAGUGAGCAAGAGGCAUUUGCUAAGGCUCUGCAUGCGAGUUCGGAAGACCAGAGUAACAUAAUGCUUCCAGAAACACCAAUGUUUUAUGAGAAACUCUGGGUCGAUAAAUAUGCUCCACGUUCAUUUACAGAGCUGCUGAGUGAUGAACAGACAAAUCGUGAGGUUCUAUUGUGGCUAAAACAAUGGGAUUCGUGUGUUUUUGGAUCUGAAAUUAGGACUACCAAUGAUGAUGUUUUAUCUGCACUUAGACGUCAUUCCUCUGUUACUCAUCAUCAAAAAUGUGCUAAUUCAAACUUCAUUAGGAGACAUAGUUGGAGUACAGAGGGUUUUGGACAUCGUUCUAAUUCAUAUACUAAAGAGAGCAAUUCAAAAUGGAAUCAGGAACCAUGUAAGAAUUCAAGGCUUACGGGACCAUUGGAGCACAAGAUCCUUUUGCUUUGUGGUCCUCCAGGUCUUGGAAAGACAACGCUUGCUCAUGUAGCUGCCAAGCAUUGUGGAUACCGAGUGGUAGAGAUCAAUGCCAGUGAUGAUCGGUCAUCAUCAACCAUUGAAGCUAAAAUACUUGAUGUGGUUCAAAUGAACUCUGUCAUGGCCGAUUCAAAGCCCAAGUGUUUGAUAAUUGAUGAAAUUGAUGGUGCUCUUGGAGAUGGAAAGGGUGCUGUAGAAGUUAUCAUGAAAAUGGUCUCUGCUGAGAAGAAAGUUGAGAUGGGAAAUCCAAAUACUGGGAGUGAAGAAAAAUUGGGGAAGAACCCCAGAAGGAGACGAAAGACCUCGUCACUCUCAAGACCUGUAAUAUGCAUAUGCAAUGACCUUUAUACACCAGCUUUGAGGCCAUUGCGUCAGAUUGCCAAGGUUCAUAUAUUUGUCCGACCAUCUGUCAACCGUGUUGUGAGCAGGCUUAAGUACAUAUGUAACAAGGAAGGAAUAAAUACAAGUUCGAUAGCUCUUACAGCUCUUGCCGAGUACACUGAAUGUGACAUACGCCAUUGUUUGAAUACUCUUCAAUUUCUCAAGAAUAAGAAGGAAACUCUUAAUGUGGUAGAUAUCAGUUCCCAAGUUGUUGGCCGGAAAGACAUGUCAAGAAAUAUCUUUGAUAUCUGGAAAGAGAUUUUUCAAAAGAAAAAAUUCAAGCCCGACAAAAAAUCCAAUCAUGAUCAAAGCAGUAUGUCCAGAGAAUUUGAUGUUCUGCACUCUCUCAUAUCUAGUCGUGGUGACUACGAUGUAAUACUGGAUGGGGUACACGAAAAUAUUUUGCAACAACGAUAUCAUGAUCCUGUCAUGAAAAGGACUGUUAUGUGCCUCAACAGUAUGAGUGCAUCCGAUCUCAUUCACCAAUAUACAAUGCGGUCACAGCAAAUGCAUCUUCAAGUUUAUCAACCUCCUCUUGCCAUUGCUGUGCACCGUUUGAUUGCCCAAGUUCAGAAACCUAGUAUUGAGUGGCCGAAGUCGUUUCAGAGAUUUCGAGCAACAUUGAUGGAGAGGUUGGAUACUUUACGGAUUUGGCAAUAUAGAAUUACUCCCUCUAUAUCCAGGCAUUUAUCAAUCAAGUCCUUUGUUGAAGAUCUUAUAACCCCAUUAAUGCGUGUCCUGUCUCCACCAAAUUUGAGGCCAGUGGCAAUGCACUUACUAUCUGAAAGUGAGAAGAGUGAUCUGACUCAGUUAGUUAGCAGGAUGGUCGCUUAUUGUAUAUCGUAUAAGAACACAAGCUCGGAACUGCUGCUUCGAAACUUAAAAGUAGAAGCAACUGUGGAUGCCAAUGCACUUGCUUUUGACCCCCCUAUUGGGGAUUAUAUCAGUUUCAAGGACUAUGUUCCCAGCCAUCACGUGCUUCCCUUAGCCAUGAAGCAGGUGUUGCUGCACGAGGUGGAAAAGCAAAAAGUUCUGCAAGGGAGUGGCGAGAGAUCGGCAACUUCAGCUCAUAUGUCCAUCAUGGAAAAUAAAGGUAUCGCAGGUUCAGAGACUUGUAGAGCAAAAUCUUCAACUUGCCAUGUGGAAGAUCUUCCCAAGAUUAAUAUGGAAAACAAACAUAAUAAAGUGACCGCAAAUACAUGUAUGGCCAGUAACAAUCCUAUUUCUUCUACUCUUUCUCCCACUGGAGCUGCAACUACCAAUGCCAGAGUAAAAGCCACCAAAGAUGCAAAAUGGCCAACUAAUGGGUCCAGUUAUUUCGACAGGU